AUGGAGGCUUUAGAAACCCUUCCGGCGACGGUAAGCAAGCUUGCACCACUCGACUUUCGCCUCCACGGCCCACCUACACCACCCGACGAAAGUACCAUCCAUUUCAGUCUUGCCAGCAAGCCGCAUCACACCGAGCCGUUCCCGCGAUAUCAUCCCUUCUACGAGCAGGUGAAGGCUGCAACAGAUGCUUACAUCCUUACGCGGUGGACGUUCUCCACCGAAAAGGCGAAGAAGAAGUUCCUAGCAGCCGACUUCGCUGGGUUGACCUGUCUAUGCUUUCCUUCCGCGCCCCUGGACCAACGGAUUGCGACGAUCGCGAAGCUCUUCGCUGUUGCGUUCCUCAUCGAUGACAUGCUAGAGCAACCAGGCUUCAAAGGCGACGAGCUUCUCAUGCACACCCUUGAAUCGGCCAUGCGAGGCUGUAUGCUGCCCGAGGAGGGAUGGCAUACUGCUGCUAGAUUGCUGUACGACAUCUUUCAUGAUGCACGUCGGUAUGGCUCCGAAAGGCUUGUGGAAGACUUGGUCAUUGCCAUGACGGGUUGGCUGAGAGCGGCGAACGCACAACCAUCUACCAGUCUCGCCACCUUAUCUGACUACUUUGACUUCCGGUAUCAGGAUGUUGCAACGCCGCUUGUUUGCGCAAUUCCUCGCUAUCUGCUCGACUGCGCACUCUCCGUAUCGGAGAUCGAAAGCAUGCUGCCGCUUGAGCGCAACAUAGGCCGUCAUUUUACCGUAAUCAAUGAUCUCCACAGCUGGAAUAAGGAGUACGCCGCGCACCAGGCCGCCAUCGCGCAAGGAGUGGAGCCUAAUCGCUUGGUCAACGCGGUGUACGUAAUGUCAGAAGAAUGCGGCAUAGCGAUUGAGGAUGCGCAAACCGUCCUAAGCAGUAUGGUUGGAGCAUGGGAAAGACGCCAUGUUACGUUGGUCGGGAACAUCGUUGGAAGUGGGGAAGACGAGAAGGUGGCAGCAUAUUUGGAGGCACUUGCAGAGGUGAUGCAGGGGCACAAGGAUUGGUGUGACCGAACUGCGCGUUAUGCUGUAUGCUCUGCUGGCGGUCCUUAG